CUCUUAUAAUGAAAUCAGAGUCCCGACGGCGCUCUUUAAGAAAAUCUCCACAGACUCCUGCUGCUACUGGCUCAGAGAUGUACCACUGCUCAGAUUGUGGGGAGAGUUUUACUAAAAGUCAUCAUCUCAAAGAUCAUGAGCAGAUCCACACAGGGGAGAAGCCAUUUUACUGUGGACAGUGUGGGAAGAGUUUUACUUUUCAGAGUAAUCUCCAACGACAUGAGCGCAUUCACACAGGAGAAAAGCCGUAUCACUGCUUGCAGUGUGGGAAAAGUUUUACCCAACUAUGUAAUCUCCAGCGACAUGAGCGCAUUCACACAGGACAGAAGCCGUAUCUCUGUGGACAGUGUGGGAAGAGUUUUACUUUACAGAGUAAUCUCCAACAGCAUGAGCUCAUUCACACGGGACAGAAGCCGUAUUACUGUGGACAGUGUGGGAAGAGUUUUACUCAUAAGAGCACUCUCCAACAACAUGAGCGCAUUCACACAGGGGAAAAGCCAUAUUACUGCUCCCAGUGUGGGAAGAGUUUUACUUUUCAGAGUAGUCUCCAACGACACCAGCGUAUUCACACAGGAGAGAAGCCAUAUCACUGUGGACAGUGUGAGAAGAGUUUUACUUGCCAGCGUACUCUCCAACAGCAUUUGCGCAUUCACACAGGGGAGAAGCCAUAUCUCUGUGGACAGUGUGGGAAGAGUUUUACUUUUCAGAGUAAUCUCCAACAACAUGAGCUCAUUCACACAGGACAGAAGCCGUAUCACUGUGGACAGUGUGAGAAGAGUUUUACCCAACCAUGGACUCUCCAACGACAUGAGCGCAUUCACACAGGACUGAAGCCGUAUUACUGUGGACAGUGUGGGAAGAGUUUUACUUGCCAGCGUAAUCUCCAACAGCAUUUGCGCAUUCACACAGGAGAGAAGCCGUAUCACUGUGGACUGUGUGGGAAGAGUUUUACUUUUCAGAGUAAUCUCCAAAAGCAUUUGCGCAUUCACACAGGAGAGAAGCCGUAUCACUGCUCGCAGUGUGGGAAAAGUUUUCGUGACCAGAGGACCCUCCACAGCCACCAGCAGAGUCAUACAGGACAGAAGCUGUACCUCUGCAGACAAUGUGGGCGGAGCUAUACGCAUUCAAGUUCAUUAAGGGCACACAAGUGCUCUAACAUAAAACCAUCAGAUUUUGACGUGAAGUUCUCAAAUUAAAAUAUGUGUUUUUAAUUUUUUAAAGGGGAGGUAAAGAGACAUUCAGGCCUUAAACUAUAAUAUAUUAUUUGUCAUGGACUCUAGUAUUCUGUUGCAUGGAUUUUAUUGCUUACUCUCUGGGUUUUAGCCAAGUUCAUGAUUUUAUGUUGUUUUCCUGUUUUUCCCCCCAAACGCUACAAUAUAUAAGCUUUUUAAAAUAAUGCGUUGUGUAUACUAUUGAACUGGACACCUUUUAAGUGACAGGUUACAAAUUCUGCUAGAUUUCCUAAAGUUUGUGAGAUUAACAGCCAAGAUCAAGGUGUAGUCACAGAGUUUGGGGGUAUAGUCAUCAAGUCCCAAAAUUAGUCAGUGACUGGGAAAUUGGGCUUAAAUUCAUGUAGUGUGCACUAGGCUUACUGUCUCCUCUAUUGCUAAUGCUGAAUAAUAGACCUUUAUAUCCUUUAUAACACUGAAAAUGAUUCAAAUAUUCUGUUUGCAAUAAGAUCUUAUCAAACAUAUCUAGAUUUAACUUCCUUUGUCUCCUCCUGGAUAUAUUUGUUUCUGUGUUUCGACUAUAGAUAGUUAACUAGCAGCAGACCUGUUCACAAGUCCCUGAGGUCCAAGUCAAGUCUCUGAGGUGGAGUCCAAGUCAAGUCUUUGUUCUAUUUUUCGCAACAGUGUAUGAGGCUAAAUCAAUUUUGAAAUAUUAAAACUGAUUACUUCUGCAAUGUCUUGUUCAUUUAUUCAAAAUUGUCUAAUAAAGCACACAAGGUUUUACUUAAAUCAUUAUUUAUAAAUU